AUGGCCACCAGCGCCGACCCUAACGCGAGCAGCAAGAGCUGGGAGCUCUCCCUCUACGAGCUGAACCGCCAGCCGCAGCCGGUGAUCACCGACUGCACCGAGAUCGCCGUCAGCCCGCGCUCCCUCCACUCCGAGCUGAUGUGCCCCAUCUGCCUGGACAUGCUGAAGACGACGAUGACGACGAAGGAGUGCCUGCACCGCUUCUGCCAGGACUGCAUCAUCACCGCCCUCCGCUCCGGCAACAAGGAGUGCCCCACCUGUCGGAAGAAGCUGGUCUCGAAGCGCAGCCUCCGCCCGGACCCCAACUUCGACGCGUUGAUCAGCAAGAUCUACCCCAGCCGCGAGGACUACGAGCAGCAGCAGGAGCGGGUGAUGGCGAAGGUGAACAAGCACAACUUCCACGCGAACAUCGAGGAGACGCUGCGCAUGCAGGCCCUGAAUCGAGCCCGCGGCGGCAAGAAGCUCGCCGGCGACACUGAAGAGAGUGCAUCAACGGCGGCAGCGGCGGCGACGGCAGCAGCAUCAACAUCAGCAGCUGCAGUUCAUGGAACUAAUGGAGGCAGCGGUGGUCGAACUUCAACGUCUUCGAGAAAUGGAGGAGGAGGAGACCCCUCGCUGAGCACCAUUCGCUACCUGAAGACGACGAUGCAGGCCACCGUGGACCACAUCAGCAAGUACCUCGAGAUGCGCUACGACUUUGACCACAAUGAAACUAGUGGAGUUGUCAAUGGAACGAGUUCGGCAGUUGCUGCCGCUGAAGAGCCGUCUGCUUCCAACCUUCCGAGCACCUCAUCUGUGGAUACGAAUGGCGGCGGCAGCGGAAGUUCUGCUGCUCCUGCUUCCACAUCGGCAACCUCCUCAACUUCGGGUGAAGUUCAGGCAGCAGCAGCAGCAGCGAAUGCCAACAAUUCAGCAACCUCUUCGGGAGUUUCUGUAGGAGGAGGUGAUGUCAGUACCUCCUCUUCCACCUCCACCUCGACCACCUCCUCCUCGAAGAAGUGCCCCUUUGCCGUCUUCAUCGCCGCCGGCCCGGGCCAAUUUCACCCGCUUCCGGGCGACUGGAGCCUGACGGCGGUCAGCGACAAGUACUGGAAGGUCAAUCGGCCGCUGGAGCUCUUCUACGCCUACAAGAUG